UGGAAUUGACAUCAUCAUAGGUACAUGGAUAUCAAAAAAUGAUUAAAAAAUGACAUAAUCACGUGACAGAGCUAUUCAAAGAACCAUAACCACCAUGAUUCAUGCUUCAACGAUCAAAUCAUGUAUCGAAUUUGUAUGGCAUCUGACUUUUUCCAUCCGAAUAUUGGUGGUGUCGAAAGUCAUAUCUAUCAGUUAUCACAGCGUUUUCUUCGAAAAGGACACAAAGUAAUUGUCAUUACCCAUGCCUAUGAUGAUCGUGUCGGUAUUCGUUAUAUGACAUCUGGCCUAAAAGUUUAUUAUCUACCAUUUUUAGUCAUCUAUAAUCAAUGCACACUGCCAACAUUAUUCACUAGUUUUCCGAUUGUUCGUUAUAUUUUAAUACGAGAACAAAUAAACAUUGUCCAUGGUCAUUCAGCUUUUUCUGCAUUAGCACAUGAAGUUAUGUUUCAUGCAAAAACAUUGGGAUUGAAAACAGUAUUCACGGACCAUUCUUUGUUUGGUUUUGCUGAUGCAAGUGCAAUCAUAACAAAUAAACUUUUAAAAGUAAUGCUUUCCGUUUGCAACCGAGUCAUUUGUGUUUCUCAUACAGGCAAAGAAAACACAGCUUUGCGAGCAGGUGUAGAUCCGAAUCGAAUAUUUGUUAUUCCACAUCCUGUGGAUACGGAUGUAUUUCGUCCACUAUCGACAGCUAAUCAAAUUGAUAAAAGUGAUAAAUUGACUAUCGUUAUACUUUCUCGGCUAGUUUAUCGUAAAGGAAUCGAUUUACUUGCCGGUGUGAUACCACAAAUAUGUCGACAAUAUCCUUCGAUAAAAUUUUUGAUCGGUGGCGAAGGACCGAAACGUAUCGUAUUGGAAGAGAUGAUCGAACGACAUUCACUUCAAAAUCGAAUUACAUUAGUUGGUCAUGUGAAUCCGGACAAGGUUCGCGACGUUAUGGUUCAAGGUGAUAUAUUUCUCAACUGUUCAUUAACCGAAGCUUUUUGCAUUGCAAUAAUCGAAGCUGCUGCAUGUGGUUUGCAAGUUGUAAGCACUAAAGUUGGUGGCGUUCCUGAAGUUUUACCCGAAGAAUUAAUUUGGUUUGCCGAACCUUCUGUUGAAGGUGUUUAUGAUGGAAUAGUUCGGGCUAUAAAUGAUCGAAUUCAGGGCAAAAUUAUUGCACCGCAAAAAUCCCAUGAAAUGGUUAAAAGUUUUUAUCAAUGGGAUGAUAUUCUAGAACGAAUAACAUUCGUUUAUGAAUCGGUCGAAUCUGAUCCAAUCGAAACGAUCGAUGAAAGGAUACAAAAAUUCUGGAAUUUCGAUGUUGCAACUGGAAUGUUUUUCCUAUUCAUAACUGUUGUCUGUCAUUUUUUAUUCAAAUUAUUUUCUUAUUUUGUACCCGAAUCCGAAAUUGAAUUGGUACCGGAAUUUGAUUAUAAUGAAUUGAGAAAAACUAAUAAUAAUAAUGAUGAUAACCACAAUGAUAAUAAAUGUCAAUAAAUAAAUAACAAUUCUUUUUAAAUGAAACAAUAAAUUUUUUUUGU